AUGCAGUGGCCGUGGCACAAGCGGAAAGCCUCCGACGAUGAUGGCGAAUACCUGCUCCCCCUGGCCGCAAAGGCGCCAGGCACGACCAGUUUGUCGAUGGAGCCUCUCGAGGCGGAACGAUCGCAAGAGAGGCCGGGACACUUUCGGACGACGUCCGCUCAGUCACGAAGCGUUGCCGACGAGUUCUCCUUCAUAACGGCAGCAGAAGCCGCUAGCCGGCUCCAAACCUCUCUUACCCACGGUCUCUCAGCCGCCGAAGCCUUGAAUCGACUGCGCGAUUGGGGAACGAACGAAAUUCCUCAUGAACCACCAGAACCGCUCUGGUUGCGAUUCAUCAAACAGUUCCAGGAACCCCUCAUCAUGCUCCUCCUGGUGUCAGCUGGAGCUUCCAUCUUCCUGGGCAACAUGGACGAUGCAGUCAGCAUCACCGUAGCGGUUACUAUUGUGGUCACGGUUGGUUUCGUGCAGGAAUACAGGUCGGAAAAGUCGAUAGAAGCACUCAGUCAUUUGGUCCCGAACCACGCCCACCUGGUUCGAUCAGCUACCAACAAGCCACCAGGCAGUGCCCGAACCCCUACUUGGCCACCGAAGCCCCCGAUGGAUGGAGAUGAGUCGGUCGCAUCAAGCACGCCGGGAGAAGAAAUGCUCGAGGCGACAUCGUCGAAGGUUAUGGCCUCGCAACUGGUUCCGGGAGACCUGGUAUACUUCACUACGGGCGACCGUAUCCCAGCCGAUAUUCGUGUUACCAAGGCCGCGGACUUGACCAUCGACGAGUCCAAUUUGACUGGCGAGAACGAGCCAGUGAGAAUCACCGCAGAGCCAAAAACCCGCGGCAUACUCUCGCCAGCGUACGGCGCGAACUCGCUUCAACUCCCGAGCCCGUCUGCGUUGUCUGACAGCAUGGAUGCUAGUGGGAACAGCGAGAACAACAUUGCUUGGAUGGGGACCUUGGUGAGGUCCGGUCACGGCCAGGGAAUUGUGUUCGCAACAGGUGGAAACACGAAUUUCGGAACCAUUGCGACGAGCGUUUCUGGCACCGAAAGCCCCCGUUCGCCCCUCCAGUUAUCCAUGGAUGACCUUGGCUCUCAGCUGAGCAAGGUGUCUUUCGUCAUUAUUGGGAUGAUUUCGCUGGUGGGCUGGUUGCAGGGCAAGAAACUGCUGGAGAUCUUUACUAUUUCGAUCUCUCUUGCUGUUGCAGCCAUCCCAGAAGGCCUACCAAUCAUCGUGACUGUUACCCUGGCCCUCGGCGUUCAUAGAAUGGCCCGCCACAAUGCCAUUGUGCGUAGGAUGCCUAAAGUAGAGACUCUGGGCUCGGUGAAUGUCGUAUGCACCGACAAGACAGGAACUCUCACGAUGAACCAUAUGACUACUGCCAAGAUGUGGUACUUCGGCGCCAACGAUGCCAUUGAUGUUGACUCUGACGACGAAGCUACGGAGACCAAGCCUGAUUCUGCUACUCUGCGCAUUUUACGAAUUGGAAACAUCGCAAACAAUGGCCGUCUCGCCCAGCAAUACACCGAGAAUGGCGCAGCAGCCAGGGCCGUGCUUUCGUCAACUCAGGGAGCUGACUUUGCUUCGACCUUUACGCGCUGGUGCGGACAGCCUACGGACGUAGCUAUGCUUGAUCUCUUGGACAGAUUCAAAGAGCAUGACGUUCGCGAGUCUAUUGGUCCGCGCCUCAGCGAGACCCCUUUCAGUUCCGAACGUAAAUGGAUGGGCGUCACUAUUGGAACCGAUUCUAAGGAAUUCGCAUACAUGAAAGGUGCAAUCGACAGGGUCCUCGACGCAUGCGACACGUAUCUCACCCGCGAUGGGCGAGAAAUCGUUCUCGAUUCCGCGCGUCGCGACGAAGCCAUUCAAGCGGCAGAGGCCAUGGCCGCGAAGGGUCUUCGAGUGCUUGCUUUCGCCAGUGGUGCCGUGUCGAGAUCUUCUAAGGGUAGAUCGACAUUGGCGCCGACUACCCGUAGCAGCACCCCCGGGAGCCCUCGUCCUCAACAGGAUGACACAUAUCGAGGACUCACUUUUGCUGGGUUGGUUGGUAUGAGUGAUCCGCCCAGGCCAGGAGUUGGCCGCUCGAUCAGAAAGUUGCUUCGCGGAGGCGUCAGGGUUGUCAUGAUCACCGGAGACGCUGAGACAACCGCAGUAGCGAUUGGCAGACAACUUGGCAUGCCAAUUGCAAAGCCGAGUGAGCACACCUCCAGCCAGGGCGCCGUACGCCCCGUCCUGAGGGGGGAGGACGUUGAUGCGAUGUCUGAGGAGGAGCUGUCUCACGCGAUCCAGCACACGACGAUUUUUGCUCGCACCAAUCCUGACCAUAAGCUCAAGAUCAUUCGUGCUUUCCAGGCCCGAGGCGAUAUCGUCGCCAUGACUGGCGAUGGUGUGAAUGAUGCCCCUGCGUUGAAGCGGGCCGACAUCGGCAUUUCCAUGGGUUUACACGGAACUGACGUCGCAAAAGAGGCUGCGGAUAUGAUUCUGACAGAUGAUGAUUUUUCGACUAUCCUCCGCGCGAUCGAGGAGGGCAAGGGUAUCUUUAACAACAUCCAAAACUUCUUGACUUUCCAACUCAGCACAAGUGCUGCUGGUCUGUCUUUGGUCUUCUUUUGCACUCUGCUUGGCUUCAAAUCACCCCUGAAUGCCAUGCAGAUUCUCUGGAUCAACAUCAUCAUGGAUGGACCUCCCGCUCAAUCACUUGGCGUGGAAGCAGUAGACGCCGACGUCAUGAACCGUCCACCUCGCAAGCGAAACGACGCAGUUCUCACGAAAGCUGUGCUAUAUCGGGUCCUCACUUCGGCAUCUAUCAUCAUGAUAGGCACUAUGCUCAUCUACAGCCGUGAGAUGCUCGCGGAUGGAGAGCUUCACCUCGACCUCAACCAUCCCACGGUCCAAAUUACACCCACCCUACCUCUGCUGGCAGGCUCAGGUAGCUAUGCACCUCCUAGCCAGCUCGCGCCAAUGUCAAACCUCACGAAUGGCGUCUCCUCCCAUCGCGCGGACAGCGACAAUGCCGCCGACAGCGCAGCACACGUCGCCGCAGCUGCCCGACCUGGCAGUAGCUCCAACACUACCUCUAUCUACGCCGCUUCGAGCGUCGCCGAGGUGCGCGCCGCCUUAGACGCCCUCCACGCCCGCGAAUCCACCAUCACGAGCCGUCUCGAUGCCCUCCUCGGUUCCCAGGCCGACCUCGCCCGCGAGCUGGGCCGCCUCGACCUGCUGCGCGCGGGGCUCGGUGGCCAGGUCAUCGCUGCGCGGUCCAUCGGUAACGACAUGCUCUCCACGGCGGCAGACACGGCGGGGCGGCUGAGUAAUAAGGUCAAAGAGCUGGACUUGGAGAAGAGCCGCGUCGAGGAUACGCUCGAGGUCGUCAAGCAGGUCGUCGAGCUCAAGGCUUGCGUUCAGGGCGUCGUCGGCAGUAUGGGCGCCCCACAGGACUGGGAGGCCGCCGCGGCGUAUCUCGCGCGCGCUGCGCAAGUACCCGAGGACAUUACGAAGGGCAAGUUCGCAUCGAGUAUUGUGCCGUCUGUCGAGGUACCCGACCCGCCUUGGGUAACACUCGAAAACGCCAAGGAGAGCUUGUGUGGGCUGUUCCUCAGGGAGUUCGAGAAGGCAACCAAGGAAGGUGACGGUGCCAAGGUCACGAGGUUCUUCAAGCUUUUCCCGUUGAUUGGGAGGGGUGAUGUCGGUCUCGAUGUGUACGGGCGGUAUGUUUGUCAAGGCGUGGCCGGCACGGCAAGGUCUGUUCUGAAAGAAGGACCCGGUGUGCAGGCCAGGAAAGAAGGCUUCUUCUACGCCAACGCCCUUACAAGGUUGUUCGAUCACAUCGCGCGCAUUGUUGAUGGACAUGGAGGUCUCGUCGAACUACACUACGGUUCUGGGAAGAUGGUCCGCGUCAUCGAGCGGCUGCAGCAAGAAGCCGACGUGCAGGGUGGUAUCAUCCUCGACUCAUGGAGCGACGAGCGAGAUGUUGACCGCCGACUAAAGGACGUCAAGAGUUAUCCCUUCUCAUUCCUGGUGCAGAGCUUCUUGCCUCCGCAAAGAGGCGGGACGCCGCGGGUCAACUCCCCUGCAAUGGGCGCAGGCGCAAACCAACCUGCCAGCGAGGACGAAGGCGUCAACAUGAGGGAGGUCGACGGUAUUCUCAGCGAGAUCGCCGUUAUGUUAGGACGUUGGACAUUAUACUCCCGCUUUUUAGCAGGAAAAACACGGGAGCCUUCUGUUCCUGAAGACGCUCCGCUUUCCAUGCCGGACGUAGUUAUCAAGUCGAAUCUCAGACGCAAGAUUUCAGACAAGCUAACAUUCCCAUAUAAUACCAUGAUGACCUUCUUCUUCAGGAGAUCGGUCGAGAAGGCCUUCCAGCUAGAUGAGUCUCCUGCAAGCAACCUGUCUCUCAGCAUGAGCAAGCAGAUCGAUACCAACCAGCCAUUCAUCAUUUCCGCCGUCGACGAUGUCAUGUACGUCGUCAGCGCUGUUAUACAAAAGUCAACAUCAACAUCACAGAGGGAUAUUAUCGCGUCUGUUGUUCCCACAAUUCAACGAGUUCUCAGCUCUGAUUUCAUCGGCAUGAUCCAACGAAAGAUGCGCGAUGAGUCCUACCCCAAGCCCAUUGUGCAGGGUGGUUUCCCGCCAGAGGACAGAAUCAUCCAAUUCAUUGUCCUGAUCAACAGUCUUGACACGGCCAAUGAGUACCUUGGCCGCAUUAUAACGAGCAACGUGGGCAGCGCCAACGACCCGACGAAGGCGAAUGGGGACUCUCACGAGCCAUCACUGAAGGACUCUUUCCCUUUCGACAAGGACGUCACUUUUGCAACGUCCGCCCUGAACACUCUGCACAGCUCGUUCACCACGAAGACGACCGAGCUCCUCAACGAAGGCAUCCAGGUCCUCUUCAAGCAAGUAGUUCAGCCGCGACUGCGCCCCGUGCUACUGGAAACAUUCCGCGACAUAGAUUACUCCCUCUCGGAAGAAGAGCUUGCGGAGUACGCUGAGCAGAAUGACGAAGACGAGGAAGAGGUGCUCGACCAGGUCUCCCGCCGCUUUGAGCACGGCUGGGAUCUCCUCAUGAAGCCCAUCGCGCGCCUCAUGACGCCGCACACCUUCACAACGCUGCAUGAUCUCACGGCGCGAUACCUCGCGCGCGUUCUCGAGCGAAGGGUCUGGGACGCCAGAGCCAACGCGUACGGCGUCAUCCGCAUGGAGCGCGAUUUCUCCAGCGUCAUCAGUACGGUCUCCAAAGGCAACUACGGCGUCAGGGAGCUAUUUGCGCGCGUGUCGCAGAUUCUGAUGGUGGCAAACAUGGAGGAGGAAGAGUGGGAGGAGAUCUCCGCGGCGGACGACGAGGAUGAGGACGGCAUGAUCUGGGUGCUCACUGAGGAUGAGAGGCGGCGGGCUAGACAGCUCACGACGAGAGAGCGUAGAGCAUGA